AUGCCACCCUCCGUCGUUAAACUGAUCACCUCCGACAACGAGACCUUUGAAGUGCCCUACCCAACUGUCCGUCACCUGGCUGUCGUCCGAUACUUGGUCGACGAUCUCGAUGGCUUCGGUCCUGAACUGGAGUCUAUUCCCUUGCCAAGCGUUCACAGUGAAAUCCUCAGGAUAGUCAUCGACUGGGCGGACCACCACAAGGACGAAGAAGAUCUGAUCGAAGAUGAGGCGCGUGAAAGCCAGCUAGGAGAGUGGGAUAAAGCGCUUCUCGACUCGGUGGACAAUCAAACUCUCCGUGCAAUCAUGUGUGCCGCUAACUACCUCGAAGUGAAAGGUCUAAUGAAUGCUACCGCUAAGGUUUUUGCCCAACGACUGGAAGGUCUGUCGGCCAAACAAAUGCGUGAAGUAAUGUUUCAUUGA